AUGAAAACGGCAGAGCGGUUCCGUUCACCGGCCGUGGAUUCGCUCUACAAAGAACUGUGCGUCGGCCAAGAGCUGGUGCUCGUUGAGAGUCGCAAAACGUGGAACGCCUUCCUCGGGGAGGUGAGUCAGGGCUACAACAACUAUCAACGAGCUGUGAGAGCCAUCGCGACAGUGGACUGCUUCCUCUCCCUGGCACGAACAGCAUCCCAAUAUGGAUACUGCAGGCCACAGAUGCUGCCCAAAGAGCGCAGGGUCUUUCGCAUUACCAAGGGGAGACAUCCCAUCCUCGAGCAGCGAGUGACAGCCACCUCCCAAUACGUCUGCAACGACACGGACCUCAGCGAGGACCUCCGCUGCUGCGUCAUCACGGGGCCCAACAUGGGGGGCAAGAGCUCCUACAUGAGGCAAGUGGCGCUCAUCGCCAUCAUGGCCCACGUCGGGUCCCACGUGCCCGCGGAGGCAGCCACCAUCAGCCUGCUUGACGGAGUCUACGUCAGGAUGGGUGCGGAGGACGACGUAACGCUGGGGAGGAGCACAUUCCUGUGUGAGAUGCAGGAGACCUCCGAGAUCCUGGACAAGUGCACCACCCACUCACUGGUGGUGAUCGACGAGCUGGGCAGGGGCACGGCAACGCACGAUGGCACUGCCAUUGCGCUCGCCACGCUGCGCCACCUUGUGGAAGAGAAGCAGUGCCUCACCCUUUUUGUGACGCACUACCAGCCCAUCACAGAGAUGGAGACCUUGUACAAGGGCGCCGUGACCAAUUGCCAUGUUGCCUUCAACGUCGAUGACGACGAGGUGGUGACCUUCCUCUACCGUCUAGUUCCUGGAAUAGCUCCCAAAAGCUAUGGCCUCAAUGUAGCCACGCUGGCGGGAAUACCUUCCUGCAUCGUAUCAAGGGCCAGGGAAAAAGCAGAAGCCCUCGAGUCUUCGACCAGAGAGAAGAAAGAGCACUUUGCAACAAUAGGAGACAUCAUCUCAGAGGCAUCCUGAGUGUGUGUUUUUACCUCGUGGCACCUCUACCAGGAUGUAUUGUGAUCUUCUACAAGACAAAAGUGAUCAGGAAAUGUACUUUUUCGUUGUCACUUGUGGAGCUGCAGCACCCUUGUGCAUGCAACUCGGGAACAGUUGCUUUAAAGUGACCUUCUGUGAAACGAGUGGUCAGGGAGUGAACAUUUUCGCUGCUAUGCCAUGUGGGACUACUGUGUCCACGUACGAAUAAGUCUUGCUUUAUUGUGACCUUCUUUGAGAUAAGCAUAAUUUGGGAGUUCACUGUCACAUCUUCUGGAACUGCUGUGCCACUGUGCGCUCAACUCUAUCAGGAACUGUCACAUUAGUGUGACCUGUGAGACAAGUGUGACCUGGGAGUGUACUGUUUUUUUUACUCUGACACCCUGUGGAACUGUGUCACCCUUGUGCACUCAACUCUCAGGAACCGUUGUUCUAUUGUGAUCUUCUGUGAAAGAAAUGAGGUCCAGAAGUGUACCUUUUCAGCGUCACAUCUUGUAGGACUGCUGUGUCCACAUGUGCACAACUCAACGAGGAACACUUGCUUUAUUGUGUCCUCCUGCGAGACAAGCGUGAUCUGGGAGUUCACUGUCACAUCUUGUGGAACUGCUGCAGCCGUGUGCACACAAGUCUCAGGAAUCAUUGUUUUAUUGUGAUCUUUUGUGAAAGAAGAGCAGAGAGAUUGCUUACCUUUCGUGACCUCUUUGAGCUCCUCCGUAGUCAGUUCAUGCUGAAAACUCUUGCCCUGUGUAAAAAUCUUUACAACCCUCAAUUUGUUCCCGUUACUUGCCAUCAUAAACGUAAAGCAUGUGUGUAAAG